CCUGUAUGGCCCAAGGUGAGAAACUUGCACGCAUCUUUCUUGAGACUCCCUUUUCCUCACCACAGACAGUGGCGAGGAAGUAGUCUGGAUGUGGCGCCAGCUGGUGCCGGGUUAUUUUUGUACUUAAGCGCAGGUUGCUUCUCGGCCAGGCGUUUUCUGUUUUGGUUUUUUGUUUAGUUUUUUCCACCAUGGUCGGCGGAGGAGCUUCUGCCGACUUGAACCCGUCGGUGGCCGUCAAACUCUUUUCGGCCGGGGCGGCCGGCUGCGUGGCCGACCUGGUCACCUUCCCGCUGGACACGGCCAAAGUCCGACUGCAGAUUCAGGGCGAAUCGGAGCCCUCGGCGAGAGGCCAGAGAGCCACGUACAGGGGCGCCUUUGGCACCAUGUUCACCAUCGUGAGGACGGAGGGCGCCAGGGGCCUCUACAACGGACUGCUGGCCGGCCUGCACAGACAGAUGAGCUUCGCCUCGGUGCGAGUGGGCCUGUACGACGCCGCCAAGCAGUUCUACGGCGGGGGCUCGCAGAGCCCCGGCAUUGCCACGCGGUUGGCGGCGGGCUGCACCACGGGAGCCUUGGCGGUGGCGGUGGCCCAGCCCACCGACGUGGUGAAAGUCCGCUUCCAGGCGCAGGCGCGCCUGCUCCGGGAGGGCGGCGCGGCGACCAGGUACGGCGGCACCUUGGACGCCUACAGGACCAUCGCCAGGGAAGAGGGCUUCCGAGGCCUGUGGAAAGGUUGUCUGCCAAACAUCGCUCGCAACGCCAUCGUGAAUUGCUGCGAGACGGUCACCUAUGAUGUCAUCAAGGAGCGCAUCCUGCAGCACCAGCUGAUGGCGGGCAAGUACAAGCUUAUUUGUCACCAGAAGACGAGUCUUGACAAGCGUGUGUGUGCGAUCACGAGGUGGUCGGAAUUUGGGCGCCAGUGCGGCAGCCUCCGUGUUGGUCGGAAGCGCCCUUGUGUUGCGCACUCUGCCCCCAUGGCAUUUCUCUGCACCCCCCUCCGUCGCAGACAACAUGCCGUGCCACUUCACGGCCGCCUUCGGCGCCGGCUUCUGCGCCGCCGUGGCGGCGUCUCCGGUGGACGUGAUCAAAACGCGCUACAUGAACUCCGCCCCGGGCCGGUACGGCGGCGCCAUCCACUGUGCCUUCACCAUGCUGCUCAAGGAGGGGCCCGCCGCCUUCUAUAAGGGAUUUAUGGCGUCGUUCCUACGCCUGGGCUCGUGGAGCAUCGUUAUGUUUAUGAGCUACGAGCAAAUUAAAAGAGGUGCGGCAAGAUUGCGCAAGUCGGCGCAGUCUUUGUCCUAAGCCGUCUGGCAGGUUGCGCCUUUGUAUCCUUCUUAACUCAUUGGCUCCCAAAGACGUUUAAAAGCGUCUUUGGGAGCGACUCGGUUCAGACUUGGUUGGUACUGGGGGGGGCUGAAAUUUUCUGAAUCCGUAUGAUUUGUGCAAUACGGCCACGUAUGUAAGAUUGACCACCAAAUCCGUAUGAGCCGACAGGUAUGACAUGACCGCAAAGAAAAUUUGGGGCUGGACUCCCCCCUUUCCGGAGAGCGCGGCUCCACUCCAGUCCAAGUGCAGGCCACGGGAAAAGGCCUUUGGCUCUCGCCUCCGCUGGAGGCUUUUCAUGCGACUGGCUUUGCGUUCUUUCAUUCGGCCCCUUGAGCGCUGACCAAAUGAGAAGUACGCUCGUUUUUCUGCUCAAACUUCUUAGUUGAAAAUGGAUUUCUUCAAGUUUGUAUUCACUAAUGUUAUGCAAGGGCAGAGUAGAAAUACAGAGAGAGAAAAAAUGCAGUAUUUGAUUGUACUGAUGUCCUUAUAAAUAGCUUCAUUAAAAUGGAUGCUCGAAAUUUGA